AUGCUAGCGCUGUGGAUCAUCGUUCUGUUAGCCUCGUCUGUUUUCGGUGACGUGUCGAUCGUAGCGCCCUCUGCCGGUGGCACCUACGAGCCGUCCGGAUCAACAGUGUCGAUCGACGUCAAGUGGGCAGACGACAACAGCACACCUAAGCUUUCAGACAUAGAUUCAUACACAUUUUUGCUAUGUUAUGGUUCCAACGCCAACAUCAAGUGCCUUGAUAGCACCACUGACACGGUAGAGGCGUCUACGGUCUCUGCAGACAGCGACGACAAAUACACACACGCAUUUUCGUUUUCGUCUUCCCUCGCCGGUAACGGGCAAUAUUUCAUUCAGAUCAAUGCUAUUUCGAAAAAGCUCGGCUACACGUUACACUACACACCCAGAUUCACACUCAAGUCGAUGAGUGGAACAAGCACGCAAACCUACUCGACCAAUACACAGCCUCCUGCACAGACGGAUAUCACUUCGGGAGGGAACACGAACGUAGCGACAACCACAGUGGACACCUCUGUGUCCUUCACGGUGCCUUACACGCUCCAAACAGGCCUCACCCGGUACGCUCCCAUGCAGAUGCAGCCCGGAACCACCGUCACCGCAACCACGUGGACAAGACGGUUCCCAACCAGCGCCGUGACCUACUACAGCACGUUCCGCAACUCAUUGAACCAGGUCAGCACUGUCACGCCUGGCUGGUCCUAUAUUCUUUCAAGUGCCGUCAACUAUGCCUCGCCCGCGCCCUUCCCCGUCUCCAACGGUGGCUGGUACGAUCCAAAAUCCAGGCAGACUCUCACCACGAGAAAGCGUAAUGCAGGCGCAAUUCGUGCCUCCUCCACCGCUUAA